AAGAGAGAGAGUUUGUGCAAAGAUCGGAGCUGUCAGAGAUUUGAAAAAAAAAAGGAAAAAAAAAAGCCCAGGCGCGGUGGCGGAGACACUCUCUCCCUGCAAAAAAAGCAAAGGCGAUUAAAGGCGCUGCCAACCUCGAGCUGUGGGCAAAGCUGAGCAUGACACUUGGGGAAGUCAAACCCCUCACUAUUGCUUAGGAAGAUGGCUAGAUUUUAAAGACUGGAUUUUUUUUUCCCCCUUAAGAAAAAAUAUUUUAUUUGGGGAAGCUCUUCCUGAUGUGGCUUUCCCCCCUUUAAAAAAAAAACUGGGAAUCUGGUUGCAAAAAGAAAUAGCCAAGUGUCUUCAUAUCUGGAUAUCUGCAAAUUAGAGAGGAAAACAGAUCUGCUCGGUAAAAGAGAUAUACGAAACAAGCGUCUGAUCUUUUUUUCCCGCUCUUCUUUUUCUUCUCCUUUUCCUCCUCCUCCUCCUUUUUUCUUCUUCUCCUUCUUUUUCUCCUUCUUUCCUCCCCGCACCCCCACCGGCCACUGGCAAAGUGGGGUGGAGAGCGAAGCGGGGGGGAGGGGGAAGGCAGCCGCGUCCGGGGCGGCGGGGCGGCUGAGUAUGGAAGAGCAGCAGCCGGAGCAUAACAGUCAGCGCGACUCCACCAUAGGCACUGCGAGCCACAGUAGCAGCAGCAGCAGCGCGAGCAGCAGCAGCGGGAGUAGCAGCAGCAGCAGCAGUAGCAGCAACAGCAACAGCAGCAGCAGCAGCGGCAGCAGCAGCGGCAGCAGCAGCGGCAGCGAUGGAGACAGCGUGCCUGUGUCCCCGCAGCAAGCUCCCUCGUCUCCUGCAGCACCCUGUCUCCAGCCCCUACCCCACCAUCACCACCAUCAUCACCACCACCACCACCACCAUCACCAUCAGCCCCCGCCACCGCCCCAGCCGAUGCCAGCUCCCCCUCACCAGCCGCCGCCGCCGCCACCGCCGCCUCCCCAGCAGCACCGCACCACCAACUUUUUCAUAGACAACAUCCUGAGGCCAGACUUUGGUUGCAAGAAGGAGCAGCAGCAGCAACAGCAGCUCUUGGUUGGAGCGGGAGGAGGAGGUGGUGGAGGUAGUGCUGUUGCCGCUGCUGGUGGUGGUGGUGGUGGAGGAGGAGGAGGAGGAGGCCGAGCAGAGCGAGACAGAGGCCAGACAGCCGCAGGUAGAGAUCCGGCCAAUCCUCUGGGCACGCGGCCGGGCAAUCCAGGUUCACUUCUCUGCUCUGCAGAUGCGAACUGUGUGACGCCCGACGGCUCUGCGCCGGCCCCGGCAGCCGCCGCUUCCAAAGCUAACCCAGCCGCGGCGGCUGCUGCCGCUGCUGCUGCGGCGGCGGCGGUGGCGGCGGCGGCGGCAGCAGCAGCCGCUGCGUCCAAGCCUUCAGAAGGCAGCGGGGGAAGUCCUGGAGCAACCGGCGCUAAAUACGGGGAACAUGGAAACCCCGCUAUUCUACUCAUGGGCUCGGCGAACGGUGGGCCCGUGGUUAAAACUGACUCGCAGCAACCACUAGUCUGGCCCGCUUGGGUCUACUGUACGCGUUAUUCGGAUCGCCCAUCUUCUGGUCCCCGCACCAGAAAGCUAAAAAAGAAGAAGAACGAGAAAGAAGACAAGCGACCGCGGACGGCGUUCACCGCAGAGCAGCUGCAGAGACUCAAGGCGGAGUUCCAGGCGAACCGUUACAUCACUGAGCAACGCCGGCAGACCCUGGCCCAGGAGCUCAGCCUCAACGAGUCCCAGAUCAAAAUCUGGUUCCAGAACAAACGGGCUAAGAUCAAGAAGGCCACAGGCAUUAAGAACGGCCUGGCUCUGCACCUCAUGGCCCAAGGACUGUACAACCAUUCCACGACCACCGUACAGGACAAAGAGGAGAGCGAGUAGCCACUUCCCCCCCUUCCCCACCCCCACCCCCACCCUCGCUUCACGCUGGCUCCCUACACCCUCCGAUUCCCACCCUCUCCUUGUUCCCCUCUUCGGCUCAAAUGAUUUUUUUUUUCCAGGGAAGAAAUAAUAAACAAAAGAGAAGGGGGGGCGGGGAAGACUUCAAACGGCAAGUCAUGUUGAAAGAAAAAUGUAAAAAAAAAAGAGAGACUCGGACAGGUGCUAUCGAAAUCAGAUCUAUUCUCUAUUAAUAGUAUAAGGGACGAAAAUGCGAACACUUAAAUCUCUAUAUAGCCAAACAGCUUACGACCUUGUAUAUAUUUAAUUUCAGGUAAGGAAAAAAUAUGUGUAGCGAUCUCUAUUUGCUGGACAUUUUAUUAAUCUCCUUUAUUAUUAUUAUUGUUAUAAUUAUUAUAAUUAUUAUAAUUUUAUCCCUCUCUCUUCCCUCUGUUUCGUUUGCGUUCCGUUUUUCUUUUGAAUGUGGUCGCUUCUUGGUCCUCCUCCACUCCUUCAAGCCCUAUUCACCGCAUCACUCUGUCUCUGCCUAUCUCGGACUUUUCUUUGUGUGUGUGUGUGUGUAUGUGUGUGUGUGUGUGUGUGUGUGUGUGUGCGCGCGCGCCGUGUGUGCCUGCCUACGUCUCUCCUUUAGUCUCUCCCACCUUCUUCAUUCUUUCUUCCUUCCUUUCUUCCUUCUCUCGUUCCCUUUUUUUCUGAGACUUGUUCCGACCCCACAGACUGCGAGACUGAACCGCCGCUACAAGCCAAAGAUUUUAUUAUGUUCAGAAACCUGUAGUCUGAAAUAAAGUGUACACUGUGUUCACAA